GCAUCUCAAGAGGAAAGAUCCAUUUUGUGUAGCAAUAAGUGAUUUCCAGAGGUCUGCCCCAAUGACAGAACUGUCUGCGCAUUUACCCCAGUUUCAGCAUGGGCAGCUGACAGAAAACUUCCCUGAUACCCACCUCAGCAACACCCAAGAGUCCAUGGCCUCUGCUCUGUUUAAUACUCAUCAGAAUGACAACAGUGAAAGACGUCGCCAUGAUAAUACUGAACGCAGAAGAAAUGAUAAUCCUGAGUCUGAGACAAAUGGGCAGCCACAAAACAACAUUCAGCAAGUGGUGGAGCAAGAUGAAGAAGAAGAUGAAGAGCUGACACUGAAAUAUGGGGCAAAACAUGUGAUUAUGUUGUUUGUACCUGUCACGCUUUGCAUGGUGGUCGUUGUUGCAACUAUCAAGUCUGUCAGCUUUUAUACACGCAAGGAUGGACAGCUCAUCUACACUCCUUUCACAGAAGAGACAGAGACAGUAGGACAGAGAGCCCUGAAUUCAAUUCUCAAUGCGGCUAUCAUGAUCAGCGUCAUCAUUGUCAUGACCAUACUCCUGGUUGUGCUUUACAAAUACAGAUGCUACAAGGUGAUCCAUGGCUGGCUUAUCAUUUCCUCUCUUUUGCUACUCUUCUUUUUCUCAUUCAUCUACCUGGGUGAGGUUUUCAAGACUUAUAACGUUGCCAUGGACUACAUUACAGUGGCACUCAUGAUCUGGAACUUUGGUGUUGUGGGAAUGAUUUGUAUUCACUGGAAGGGUCCCCUUCGGCUUCAGCAGGCAUAUCUCAUUAUGAUAAGUGCUCUCAUGGCCUUGGUGUUCAUUAAGUACCUUCCUGAAUGGACUGCAUGGCUUAUCCUGGCUGUCAUUUCAGUGUAUGAUUUGGUUGCUGUCCUGUGUCCUAAAGGUCCUCUUCGUAUGCUAGUUGAAACAGCUCAAGAGAGAAAUGAAACUCUGUUUCCAGCACUUAUUUACUCCUCAACAAUGAUUUGGCUAGUGAACAUGGCUGAGGAAGAUCCAGAAGCCCAACGGAAAGUGUCAAAAAACUCUACUUAUGAUAAACGAGCUCCGGCAAGCCAGACUCAGAAUGAAGAUGCGGAAGCAGAUGAUGGUGGCUUCAGUCAGGAAUGGCAGCAACAAAGGGACAAUAGAAUAGGACCCAUUGAAUCAACACCUGAAUCACGUGCUGCGGUUCAGUCUCUACCCAGUAACUCUCAAACAAGUGAAGACCCUGAAGAGCGAGGAGUAAAGCUAGGUUUAGGAGACUUCAUUUUCUACAGUGUCCUUGUUGGCAAAGCCUCUGCAACAGCAAGUGGGGACUGGAAUACAACUUUAGCAUGUUUUGUAGCCAUAUUAAUUGGUCUGUGCCUUACACUUCUGCUUCUUGCCAUCUUUAAGAAGGCCUUACCAGCUCUUCCAAUCUCCAUAACCUUUGGGCUAGUUUUUUACUUUGCUACAGAUAACUUGGUGCAACCCUUUAUGGACCAGCUAGCAUUCCAUCAGUUUUAUAUCUAGCAGACCUGAUGCUGGUAUGGAUAUUUGUAGCAAAUCUGGGAGGAGGAAAAAUGUUUUUCCCUCAGUUCUCAAGUGAGGCUGAAGUUUAAUCCUCAAGAUUCCAAGCCUGAAUCAUUACAACUUCCUCCGAUGGUGGUUUUGGAUUUUUUUUCCUGAGACAACUGCUGCACUGGGCACCACAUGAGUUUUCCUGUGUGAAAGUAGCUUCUUCCUGAUGGCCAGUCUAAACCAGGUGCUAUUAUAUCAGAGGAAAUCUGAUAUACAUAUCUCUGGUAAGGACCAACUGUAUGAAAAUGGCUAAUGCUUCCACCAGCAAUGUGAUCUCUUACCACAGGUUGAUUGUUUUCACAGCAUUAAGGGUGCUCAGGACUUCCUUGGUGUUAACAGAAGAAGGUGGCAAAUCACAUGGAACUUGUCCCUGUAACCGCUUGAAGAAAGAGAACCCAAUUUGGACUUCUUCAGCAGUGAUUUUCUGACAGUGGAGUCCUGACUCUGCUUUGUGAA